AACCCGAAUAAAACCAUCGGGCGGUAGUGGAAUUCUCGUGAAGCCAGCUAUAUAUUCCCAUAUAGUUACUCCGGUACAAACAAGCGAUGGAGUGGGAUAGAGUGCUUUGAAAAGAGAGGAAGCAAGGGGGGUAGCGUGGCUCUUCUAGCAUGCCUGUCUGUCUCGAAGAUCACCAAUACCGGCACCAACGUUUGAGAUUUUGAGAAUAUAUAUCUCCUGAUCUCCUCUCUCUCUCCUCCUCCUUUGAUCUUUUCUUGUGUUCUGGAAAUCCGAGAGUUUGUAUGCUUUUUUUCUUGCAUUGUUAGAGAAUAGAAGUAUUGGUGGUGCAUGUGAUGGAUGUUUAGAUUUCAUGGUUGAAAUCUGACGAAUUGCAUUAGUUUUCGAGUCAAAACGGGUUCCGUUUCAUGGUUUGAAGGUAUACCAAGUUUUCUUUUUCUUUUGAAGAUUUUUCGGAGGGUACUUUUUAUUGCCGGAAAUAUCUCGCUUCUGUUGAUCUUUCUGAAAGGCCCACUCUUCAAUCUCUCAGACACGAAACAAACCCACACUUGUUUGUCUCUUUUUUAGUUUUUUGCUUGGGAAAAGGGUUGCUUUUUUUCUGAAAUCAAAGUCCGUUUUCUCGCGACCAGAAAAAUCUCAGCUUUCCGAUUAAGUUAUUGAAGUUCCAAGAAUUUGAUUCACUGAAAAUUCCGGAACAGGGAAAAAAAUUUGAUCUUGAACGUGAAAGAGUGAUAAAAAUCCAAUUUUUAGGAUCGCAUCUCCUCAAGGAAUCAAGGAGCUUCACCACUAGGAGUGAUGCAGGGCUCGCCGGCGGUCCAGGGGGUGGCGAAGCCCCCGUUCCCUGAGCCGGAGCAGCACCUCAAGUGCCCCCGGUGCGAGUCCACCAACACCAAGUUCUGCUACUACAACAACUACAACCUCUCCCAACCUCGCCACUUCUGCAAGGACUGCCGCCGCUACUGGACCAAGGGCGGAGCCCUCCGCAACAUCCCCGUCGGCGGCGGCACCCGCAAGAACUCCAAACGCUCCGCCGCCUCCGCCACCGCCGGCGCCACCGCCUCCAAACGCCCCUCCACCUCCUCCCCGCCGCCGCCCCCUUCCUCCAAUCAUCUCCCCAAACCCGAGCCAGUCUCCGUCCUCUAUCCUUCAGCCACCGACCCCGACGAUCGCCUGCUCGACAUCAGCGGGAGCUUUAGUUCGCUGCUCGCCUCCAGUGGAGGCUUCGGGAACCUUCUCGAGGGCUUCGGCUCCGCCGCCGGCGCGGUGCCGAAUUCCGGCGAUCUGAACCGUUCCAUGGGGGGUGGGAUGGAUCAGCUGCAUAACUCCGGCGAUGGCAACGGCAAUGAGAACCCUGCGGCUCUGGAGAAUUUCUUGGGGGAUUCCAGCUGCUGGGGUAAUGGCUGGCCCGAUCUCCGCAUCUAUACUCCAGGUUCCGGCUUCCCAUGAUCAAGAAAAAUAUAGAAUUUUAGAGCAAAGAGAAGGAAAAAAAAAGGACUCUUUUUUCGUUGUUCUGUUUUCAUCCUGCUUUCUCUUCUUAGGGUUGUCUUAUAUCAGUCUGUGGAACUGUUUUUAAGAACCCUGCCAUAUGUAUGUGUUAGUUAUAGAGGUAAUGAGGUGCAGAUAGUGAGAUGGAUAUAUACUGAUUUGGGCUUGAAUAAUUUUCUGGAUUUCUUGUGGGCUUAAGCUUGUCUUUGCAUGAUUGAAAUAUGAUGAGCUUAUUAGUUUUAUUAGA